AGAGCGGAAUUCCACCACCACAGUUGUUUUGCAAUUUUAUUACGCGGUUUUGUACGCACGGUUCUUGAUUAAUUGCUAGACUCUUCGUGCAUUUAAAUUACUGAUCGUUAAGUCACCUUGUAUAGCCUCUCUGAUCUUAAGCGACUGCUAACGAUCGUUAAAAUUCUGCCGGAGAAUUAUUGCCAUUAAAACCGGUAGCUGUACUGUAGAUAGAACCAUCUCGGCCAGUCUUAUCGCUGGGACAGAAGCGAUAAACAGUGUGUUUUCAAACCAGCGUCCAGUAGCCAGCAAAGUGCAUUUACGGUGUUUGACUAGUACUGUGUCUUCCGCCAAUCGUUUACGCUAUGCAUCGUGUGGUGAAAUCUUCGAGCAUCUUACGUGCUCUGUCUGCAGCCGGUGCCCGCAAUUAUUCGGUUCCGGCUCCAAAAUCAUCACCGGAGAUUCUUUACACGGGGAUCUUUAUCAACAAUGAGUGGCACAAAAGCUCGACCGGCAAGACCUUUCCCACAAUCAACCCAUCCAACGAGAAGGUAAUCGCGGAAAUCCAGCAGGGCACCAAAUCCGACAUUGAUCAGGCGGUCGUAGCGGCUAGGGAAGCUUUCAAGCUGGGUUCACCAUGGCGUCGAAUGGAUGCCUCGAAGCGAGGUCAACUGCUGUACCGUUUGGCAGAUUUGAUGGAACGCGAUCGGGUGUACUUAGCGAGCUUGGAAACGUUGGACAAUGGCAAACCGUACUUCAUGUCGUAUAAUGCGGACGUACCGAUGGCGAUAGGCAACUUGCGCUACUAUGCUGGUUGGGCGGACAAGAACCACGGUAAGGUCAUACCGAUGGAUGGCGAAUAUUUCGUCUAUACCCGCCAUGAACCGGUGGGUGUUUGUGGACAAAUCAUCCCCUGGAACUUCCCGCUACUAAUGGCGGCCUGGAAGUUUGGUCCGGCGUUGGCUACCGGCAAUACCAUCAUCUUGAAACCGGCCGAGCAGACCAGCCUGACGGCAUUGUACCUGGCGCAGCUGACCAAGGAAGCUGGAUUCCCACCCGGAGUCAUCAACGUCGUGCCCGGUUUCGGUGAUGCCGGAGCAGCCCUUGUCGAUCAUCCUGAUGUGGAUAAGGUGGCAUUUACCGGCUCGACUGAGGUAGGAAAGAAAAUUCAGCAAGGCUCCGGGUUGAGUAAUCUGAAGCGCACCACGCUCGAACUGGGCGGUAAAAGCCCCAACAUCAUUCUGUCCGACUCGGACAUGAAGCACGCGGUAGAAACAUCCCACUUCGGACUGUUUUUCAACAUGGGCCAAUGUUGCUGUGCCGGAUCGCGUACCUUUAUCGAGGACAAAAUUUACGACGAAUUCGUGGAGCGUUCUGCCGAACGGGCGAAGAAACGUACGGUUGGCAAUCCGUUCGAUUUGACCACCGAACAUGGUCCGCAGGUCGAUCGGGAACAGUACGACAAAAUAUUGGGUCUGAUCGACACGGGCAAGCAGCAGGGAGCGCGGCUUGUCGCGGGCGGAUCGAAAGUACCGGACCUGCCCGGUUUCUUCAUUCAACCGACGGUGUUUGCGGACGUGCAAGAUAAUAUGACGAUCGCGAAGGAGGAAAUUUUCGGCCCAGUACAGCAGCUGAUCCGGUUCAAAUCGCUCGACGAGGUGAUCGAGCGCGCGAACCAGACCGACUACGGUUUGGCGGCAGCCGUCUUUUCCAAGGACAUCGACAAGGUGAACUAUCUGGUGCAGGGUCUGCGGGCCGGUACGGUUUGGGUCAACACGUACAACGUCCUUUCGGCACAAGCACCGUUCGGCGGGUACAAGAUGUCGGGGCACGGUCGCGAAAAUGGCGAAUACGGUCUGCAGGCGUACACGGAGGUAAAAAGCGUCAUCACUCGCAUUCCGGUCAAGAAUUCUUAAAUAGGGCCCUACCUGUUUCCGUUUGUUUCUUAAAAAGAGAAAACGAAUGCACUAACCAAACGCGCACCACAAAACCGUUGUUAAACGACACACAAUAAUCAAUCAUUUUUUAAAGGUAAGAAGAAUUUCACACUUUCGUCAAACAAUUUUGAAGUGACGAAAGAGGUGACAUGAUGUAUAAAUGUCCUUUUGAAGGAAAAUAAAGGAAAGCAUACAAAACUGAUAGUUCAUUAACCAUCUGAGAAAAUUUUAAACUGUGUAGACCAUCGGAAUAAUGGUUCACUGGAGUUGAUCAAUUACAGUUGUUAGAAAAUUCUAACGAUAGUUUCAAAUAGAAUGCUAGUUAAAACAUCACCGGUAGAAAGGUCAUCUCUGGGUGAAUAAUAAAUAAAACCCUUAAAACUCUGAGAUUGGGCAAAUGAAGGGACAUUCUUGUAGAUUGAUUUG